CGGCGCGGAGCGGCGGGCGGCGCCGGGCAUGCGGGCGGCCGCGGUAGCGGUAGCGGGCCGGGAGGUGGGAUGCUGUCGCGGAAGAAGACGCGCACGGAGCUCUCCAAGCCGGGCGAGGUGCAGGGCAAGUACGUGAAGAAGGAGACCAGCCCGCUGCUCCGCAAUCUGAUGCCUUCGUUUAUCCGCCAUGGUCCAACCAUUCCAAGACGAACUGAUAUCUGUCCUCCUGACUCAAGUUCUUCUGCCUAUGUUCCUGGUGGAGAUGGAAUUGUCUCCAGAAACCAGAGUUUCCUUAGAACUCCAGUUCAGAGGCCACCUCAUGAAAUAAUGAGACGUGAAAGCAACAGAUUGUCUGCACCUUCCUAUCUUGCAAGAAGUUUAGCUGAUGUCCCUAGAGAAUAUGGCUCUUCCUCCCAGUCUUUUUUAACAGAAGCUAAUUCUGCUAUGGAAAAUGGAGAUGCUGGUGCCCGUUGUUAUUUUUAUGAUCAUUUUUAUGAUGCCCAGAGGAGACGUCAGUUAAAUGAUCGUGUACAUGAGGACUACAGGUAUUAUGAACACAACAGUGAUCUUUUCCAGAGGAUGUCACAGAAUCAUGGGAGGCACACUUCAGGCAUUGGGAGAGUUGCUGCUACAUCUCUAGGAAAUUUAACAAAUCAUAAUUCUGAAGAUUUACCUCUUCCUCCUGGCUGGUCAGUGGACUGGACUAUUAGAGGAAGGAAAUACUAUAUAGAUCAUAACACUAAUACAACUCAUUGGAGCCAUCCACUCGAGCGUGAGGGGCUGCCUCCAGGGUGGGAGAGAGUUGAGUCAGCAGAAUUUGGAGUGUAUUAUGUAGAUCACAUCAAUAAAAGAGCUCAGUACAAACAUCCUUGUGCUCCCAGUGUUCCCCGUUAUGACCAGCCUCCCCCAGUGACUUAUCAGCCGCAGCAAGCUGAGAGAAGCCAGCCUCUCCUUGUCCCUGCAAAUCCCUACCACACUGCAGAAAUUCCAGACUGGUUGCAGGUCUAUGCUAGGGCUCCUGUAAAAUACGAUCACAUUCUGAAGUGGGAACUCUUCCAGCUAGCGGACCUGGAUACGUACCAGGGAAUGUUGAAGCUGCUCUUUAUGAAAGAACUGGAACGAAUUGUUAAGCUGUAUGAAGCAUACAGGCAGGCCCUUCUCACUGAGCUGGAGAAUCGCAAGCAAAGACAGCAGUGGUAUGCCCAGCAGCACGGCAAGAAUUUUUAAGCUAACAACUUUUUUUUUAAUAGACUUUUAUGAGGACACUAAGAGCUUUAAAAGGUUUUCAUACUUAAAACUAUGAACAAGUGCUUUGGUUGAAGAGGCAGCUUAUUUUUGUUGAUGUUGCACCUUUGUUAUUAUCCUCUUGAAUAUUUUUCUACAUGUAUUAUGUAUUGUUUAUAAAAAUGAAAAAUGUUUGUUAAUCUUUUUUUCCAUAUGAAAACUAGUUUAUUAUUCUGAAAACCAGCGUGGAGUUUAAUCAGAGACUUGAUUCUGUUUUCUUCUUCUAGCAGUCAGCUGUAUUAUUAAGAAGCUGAGUAUAUAUUUUUAAAUGGCAGUAGAUGCAAUUAUAUUAAGUGUCCAGGAUGCAAAACAUUGUUAAAAUCCAAAUUAAUAAUUCAGUUUAUUUUCCUUGGGAUUUUGUAUCCCUCUCUCCAGAGGUCUGUUCUUUGUUUACAGCUUUAAUGUACAGAACACUGAUACUGUUACUUUUCAAUAACAACUAGUACUAUAACCAUACAGAAGCAGAUUUGAUCAAAUCUGAGCAAAAUGCUUCAUGUAAGUGAAGUAUGAGUUGCCUUAUUUUUUACUUUGUUUAAUGCAUUAUUACUUUAGAUUUACUACUAGUUUUCACAGAAAUUAGCCAGAGGGCAAAAUACUCGUACCUUCUUAAAGACCAAGAUUUCUAAGUGAACUUUUCCUAGGUUUUAAAUGCUGAGUAAACUGCAUUUUAUGAAACCUGGUCACAUGGGAUCGUAAUAGAAUUGUCUAACCAACUUACCAACCAGCUGUACCUUACCAUGGGAAAAAAAAUCAGGGAUGUAACAGCAAUUUUUUUUUUACUGAGCUUUGUCUUGUAAUAAAGUUUCCUUACAUGGGAAAAUUUUUAAUUGUACUGUUACCCUCUCCAACAUUUUCAUUUGGUUCAUUGAAUGUCCUGAAAUGUUAUUUAUGGAUUCCUUUUAGUGCAAUAAACAUUGUUGCAGACAAAAAAUACAUUUCUUGUAAAUCCUAUUAAUCAAUAAAAAU